AUUGUGUUAUUCGCAUUUAUCUGAUUCAAUAAUUAAUGAACAAUCUGGGAGAAUAUUUUAAAUGCUGGUACAUUAACAAUUAUUAUUAGUCCAAAAACAAUUACUUUUUGAAUGAAUACAUCCUGUCUCACUCAAACCUUAAGCUUUACAUAUUUCAUUUGAUUAUGAAGGAAUGCACCCAUAAUUUAAUGGACUAUAUUUACAUUAAUCAUAAGCAUUUUUACAAAUAUCUUCAUUAGCUAAAGGAAAUUAGAGACAACUAUAACUGGAUUAUUAAAUAGGCUAACAUUUAUUAUUCUCAAAAUAACAUCCUUUAAUUUGAGAACAUCCAAUGUAAUUUAAGCCUUCAAUUUCACAAUCAGAUAGUAAUAUUUACGGAGUCUAACAACUAAGAGUUUCUGAAUUGUAAAUGCAAGCAUCAACUUAAACUAAAGUGCAUACCAUAGAAUUGA